AUGGCUGGACGAGGACGCGGACGUGCCAACACGCUGCCGGCGUGGAUGACUAAGCAGGGACUUAACGAGCCGCCUGCUGGGCCUGCACCCGACUCGCGUCCACCCCCGUCGACUGAAGGCCCUCCACCGCGCAAAGGCCAGUUCGAUGAUGCGCCCGAGCCGAAUCGCGGGCCAAUGACACCCAACAACAUGGGCAUGCCGUCAGGCGGUAAGCGGCGCUCGCGCUCUCGGGAUCGCGGAAAUGGGCCUAACGGUGAUAUGAGAGGGCCGCCACCCAGGCCAGACCGACCCAGGUCGCGCUCUCAAGAUCGCAGAAACGGCGCCAACGGCGACAUGAGAGGACCACCACCCAGGCAAGACCGACCGAGGUCGCGUUCUCAAGAGCGCGGAAAUGCCCCCAACGGCAACAUGAGAGGGCCACCGCCCAGGCAAGAGCGACCCAAGUCGCGCUCUCGUGACCGAGGUAACGGACGAGGCCGAGGCCAUGGCUUUGAUUCGGACCGUCGUCAAGAAGACUCGUUCCGACGCGGACCGCCCCGUGGACGCUCUCGCUCGCGAUCUCGUGAACGUCAGGACAAUCGUGGAGACUACCGGCGUGGAGGAGAUCGCUAUGAAGACCGUGGAUACGGUUAUCGCGGACCUAGAGAUAACGGACGGCCGAUGCGCAGGGAGGAAGAAGCAACGGAGCGCGGCUACCGACGCCCUGCACCUAAUGGACACGAUGAUCGUACGUCCCGCAGAUACGCGUCGGACUACCAGCCGUAGACGUAAACCUCCCAUGUUUUUUCAAGGUUUGAAGAUUCAAGUUUUUAAAAACAAAUGCACGAAAAGUAUUUGAGAUCGAA